AGGUCCUGGCCUGAUCCAGCCUUUCCAAAUUAAAUUAUUAUGUCAUGUAAAAAUCUCCAAAUAAUACUACUGUAAUAUUUCCCCCGCUUGGGAAUUGAACAUUUUCCAUCACUACUCCAAGAUGUCAACGUGAAGCAACCAAAAUGGGAGAAUUUUGAAUUCUAGCAAGAAAGCAGAAUCUGAGUGCUGGGCAGGCACUGAGGAGCAACCAAAAUGGGAGAAUUUCAAAUUCUAGCAGCAAAGCAGAAUGUGAGUGCUGGGCAGGCAGGACUCUGGGAAGCAGUGACGUGAGGGUCCCCAUGGCCUCUGUCCCUGAUGACCCAGUUGUGAUGUGAUUUAUGUGGGCUCGCAGCUGCCCUUGCUCCGACCCCAGAGGAGCUGUGUGGGAAGUUGGUGUCUCGGAGCCGUGGCGUGGCUCUGCCGAGUGUCUGGAGCCCGGGCUGUGCACACAAACUGAUAAAUAGGGAAAGGGAAAGGCCUGCUGGGCUCCAGCUGCAGCAGAGCUGGGACCGGCGCUGCAGCCCCGCUGGGAGAGGAGCCCGCGUCGGGAGAGGAGCUCCCUGCAAGCACCGUUGCUGUUUAAAGGCUGGUCUCAGAGCAGAGUGGAUGAAGCAGUGCAGCUGGGAGCAGAGCAUGGCCAACACGUUUGUCACCGUCCCUGACGGGUACGGCCUUCCCGAGCCCAUCCAGUACUACGAUGUUUUACCGGAGCACAUCAACUACCAGCUGCAGGACGCGGAUUUCCAGGCUGCCCCGUACUGCCAGUACUCGGCAGUGCCCGUGCCAGCGCUGCCGCCCCAGCCCGCCCCGGCCCCGUACGGCUCCUACAGCCUGGAGCCCCCGUACGCCGACGGGCCCUGCGUGGGCAGCAGCUGCGAGCUCAGCAAGGGCCCCUUCCUGGCUCCCCACGGGGAGGACGGCGGGUACCAGGGGCUCAAGAGGCCCCGGUUAAAUCACUCGGUGAGGCUGAAGGGGCAGGAGGAGCUGUGCGUGGUGUGCGGGGACAAGGCCUCGGGGUACCACUACAACGCACUGACCUGCGAGGGCUGCAAAGGCUUCUUCCGGCGCAGCAUCACCAAGAAGGCGGUGUACCGCUGCAAGAGCGGGGGGCACUGCGAGAUGGACAUGUACAUGAGGAGGAAGUGCCAGGAGUGCCGCCUCAAGAAGUGCAGAGCUGUGGGAAUGCUGGCAGAGUGUUUGCUGACUGAAGUCCAGUGCAAGUCAAAGCGACUCAGGAAGAAUUUCAAGCAGAAGAGCAGUUUCCUGUGCAACAUAAAGCUGGAAGAUGAGGGACUGAAUAGUAAGCAAGUAUCAUCUACAACAAGAUCUGGAAAACAGAUCCCAGAGAAGAUGGAACUUACUCCAGGAGAACAUCAGCUUCUUGACCACAUUGUAGCAGCUCACCAAAAAUACACAAUUCCUCUUGAGGAAGCCAAGAAGUUUCUACAGGAAACUGCAAGUCCCGAGGAAAGUUUCCUCCACCUGUCUGAGACAGCUGUUGUCCAUGUCCAGGUGUUGGUGGAUUUCACAAAAAGACUCCCAGGGUUUGAGAGUUUAGCCAGUGAGGACCAGAUUGCUCUGCUGAAAGGGUCCACAGUGGAGGCAAUGUUCUUGAGAUCAGCCCAAAUUUACAACCAAAGAAUGAGUGAGUGCCAGCCAUCAACCAGUGAAAGUCAUGUAAGACUUUCUGAUCACGGGACAUGUUGUCAUGUUCAAAACCUUGAUAAAAACAAUAUUUAUUCCAUGGAAAUGUGUCAUAAUAAAGAGAGGCCAACUUCUACUACUACCACAGGCAUAACUGAGGAGUUCAUCACCGCCCUGUUCUACUUCUACAGAACCAUGGGGGAACUCAAAGUGACCGAGACCGAAUAUGCUCUGCUUGUAGCAACAACAGUGUUCUUUUCAGACCGCCCGCUGCUGAGGGACAAGCGCCAUGUGGAGGAGCUGCAGGAGCCGCUGCUGGGGAUCCUGUACAAGCACUCGAAGCUGCAGCACCCGCGGGACCCGCAGCGCUUCGCGCGGCUGCUGGGGCGCCUCACGGAGUUGCGCUCGCUCCGCCACGCCCACGCGGGGGCGCUGCGCGCGCGGGACCCGCGCCUGGCCGCGCCACUGCGCGACCUCUGGGACCUCCACUAG